UUGCUGCUGCCGAGCGGCUGUCGUGCGUGCGUGCGUCGUUGGGAGCCCCAAAGCGAUCAUUACGUGAUGGUGCUGCUGGUGGUGUGUGGCGUGAGGUGGCUGGCGGUAGUGUGCGGUCUAUUGCUCCACGCGCAGUUGUGUUUCAGCGUCGACCCGAUUGUGAUUGUGCAUGGCGGGGCCGGCACAGUGGGCAGCGACCGCGUUCCCGGGAAGCUACGCGGCGUCACGCUGGCGGCCCGGGUCGGCUACCAGGUGCUGGCCAGCAACGGCUCGGUGCUGGAUGCCGUCGUGCAGGCGGUACGCGUGAUGGAGGCCGACAGCUACUUUAACGCGGGCUACGGCUCGGUCCUGAACAUUGACGGGAACGUCGAGAUGGACGCCUGCAUUAUGGAUGGCUCGAACCGGGCGACCGGUGCCCUGAGCGGGCUCCAGGACCUGCUGCACCCGAUUGGAUUGGCGCGCGCCAUCAUGGAGCACUCCGGGCACAACUUCCUCAUCGGCGACGGUCUGCGAGCGUUCGCCAUCGAGCGGGGCUUCAGCUUUCUGGAGCCACCGGGUCAGCUGGUGACACAGUACGCCCAGGACGCCCUGGACCGGUGGAAGGAGUCGGACCGAACCGAACGUCUCGGGGAAGGAGGCACGGUCGGGGCGGUGGCGAUGGAUCUGUACGGUAACCUUGCCGUCGCUACGUCGACCGGCGGCACGACCGGGAAGCGGGUUGGGCGCGUUGGCGAUACCCCGAUCGUUGGUUCCGGAUCGUUCGCCGAUAAUCAUAUGGGCGGUGUUUCGGCAACGGGCGACGGUGACAUCAUCAUGAAGGUGUGCCUGGCGUACGAUGUGCUGCGGACGGCACAGCUCACCGGGAGCCCCGUGCAGCUCGUAGCCGACACCCUGCUGGACGAUAUGAGCAGCGCGCUCGGGGGCACCGCCGGUCUGGUGGGGCUGGACACGGCCGGCAACCCGAUCGUCGCCCACAACUCCGUCCACAUGUCCUGGGCAUACCAGCGCGGCGGAACAAUUGCCUACGGGGCCGACAAGGACGACUUCAACGUUGUCCCGGCGAGCGACGAGCAACAGGUCCGUCCACACUUUUAGUGCCACCCCACGCCGUAUGCUAAUUGUUGGUUCGACGGUAAAAUAUGCGCGUAACUGUGGAAGGUACUCCUCGACGUUCAAUGGCAAUGACGUUCAGUAUAGUAACCUUCAUCCGAGAGUCACACAUUGUGCGAACGUAGAAAGGGAAUGUGAUUGCUGCCGGCUUGGUGAAGCAGAAUCUUGUGCCACUGAAGCGGCAUCAUCAACUAACUGUCAGGGUUUGAUGUUCAAUGUAGUGUGAGCACAAGCUAAAACAUAUUCACAGGAAAUUCUUCAUCCAACAAUGUUCGACAAAUAAAGGGAAUUUAUUUUUGAAAAGUAUAAAUAUCAGUCAUAUCAAUUAGUAAGUAAGCUGGGUAAAACAUGUACUGAGACCUAUGAUUUGAUACAAAAUGUUUAAGGUGAUGGUAAGGUAAGGUAGAGUAAAACAAACAGUGUGUGGUGUUUUAAGGAUUUUAAGAGAAUGGUGAAGGCUUGGAGUACGAUGGAAGGCUUCGCCAUCCACAACACCGAAAUCAUUUAGAGUUUGUGGAAAAACUUCAUGAAAUAAUUGCUGUGGAUGAAAGUUUCGCUGUGAGAAUGUUGGAUGAAGAGUUUUAUACAAGUAAAGACCCUAUUUGGUAAAUGUUACGUAAUGAUCUGAAGAAAAGAAAAGGUUGUAUUCGUUCUGCUCCACAUGAAUUAAUAGACGACCAACAGGACGCUUGUGUAACACAUCCGAAAAACAUGAUCAAAACCGCCAAAAAGGGCAACAAAGAGCAACAAUCCGCAUUCGCUAGAGACAUUAUUGGCCAUUGCCCAUGAAAUGAUCCUAUUAUGGACGAAAUUCCAGCGAUUCAAGCGACUGUAACACGGUCCUAAAUCUACGGGAACAUAAACACGCAAAACUUGUUCAUUCGAUUUGUAUGAAAUUGUAUGCGUUUAAAAGAGAAAGAACGUACCUUUCAAAUUAAGUGACUAAUAAAUA